AAGGGAGAUCAAUCAGCAAUGAAAAUAGAUUCAAGAUGGCAGGCAUCGGAAAGUGCCUUCCUUUUUGGUGUCUGUGGAGUUCAGAAGGUUCCAGGAAUGAGUGAGAGUUUAGUUAGAAGAAGUAUGCUGAGUUCUUUGUUCAGCUGAACAGAACAUGGCACUGAAUAUGGAUAACCUGACUUCUUAUAGUUUAUGAUGACUUAAAUAUUUGAGACAUAAAAGAAUAGCAAAAAUGUCUAAAUACCAGUAUAGCAAGUUAGUGAUGGAAAAGUAUCUGAGGCGUUCAUUUUAUGAUGCUGUUCUUGAGCUUUAUGAGACAGCUCAAGGCACUCGCAUCAUUUCAGUUAGUCUGGAAGGAAAUUUGUCUCUGGUGGUGAAUAAAGAUGAGAAUUUCAUUAUCAAACUGAAUGAGGUAGCUCAGAGAGCAGAUGAUAGGGAAGAGCACCACCAGAAAUUCAAAGAGGAGGAAAAUAGCUCAGGUGUGAAGUUAGAGGAAGAACUGCCGUACCAGGAUCGGUAUGUAGUGAAGAAAGAGGAAGAAUUUUUUCAAAGCGCCUCCUCCCAUCAAAGUUCUUCAAGUCUUGAUACUGAAGCAAUGAUGAAUUUUGAGAAUGCUACACAGAAAGAGCCUGAUAAAUUUGCUAGUCAGACCGAGGAUAUUGGAACUGUAGCCAAGACUGAUAAUUUUCUAGACAUGCAGAAAAACAAGUAUAUAGAAGGUGUAGAUGACAAGGCAGUAGAAUAUAAAGAAAGCGAUUCUUAUGACAAGUCCAGUGAAGGAGAAAGUGAUUCAGAAGAAGAGGAUAUUGAGGCUCCCAUGAUGUACCAAAGUCAGUCUGGAAUGUUGGGAGAUAUGUCUCAGAAUGUCACACAUGGAAAAGUGGAUUCUGAAAACACAGCUAGUGAAGAGAUUUGUUUCUUGCCAGUAGGGCAGGUGGAUGAGUUUAAGAGGAAGGCUGAGCUGAAUGAAAUGAAUGAUCAGGAAGAAUCUGACGCGGCUGGGAAAAAGUCACCCCGAAAGAGAAGGAAGACAUCCUCUUUGGAAGGAGAUGAGGAAGGCAUAAAGAAUGGAGACAAGGAGAAAAAUACUGCAUCCGGGACAAGUAGUAGUGAUGAUGGAAAUAACGGUGGACUGCAACUGCUUCCUCAUACUGCAACUGGUCCCAUCAUCAUAGAGGAGGAAGAGAAUGUGUCUGGGACUAUGGCAGAGUCACAGGUGGCCCAGCUGGCCAUGUUUCAAAUGCGAGAACCCAACAUGGGCAUGUUCCGUCAGCAGGACCUGGAGGAGCUGGCUCGUCAACAGCAGCAGUGGACCAUGGUGGCUUACCAACGCAGCAUCAUGGAGAAGUCUUACCUGCAGCACCAGAUGCAGCAGUACCAGCGUGAUACUGAGAGACUGCGCUGGGAAUAUGCUGCGCAACAGCAACGGGAACUGGCACAAACCUCGAGAGAAUAUUCGUCAGAUGAAGCUGAGAAGCUGUACAGACAGGCUGCCCAGUCCCAGAAUGCUGCUGCAGAGGCUGCUUUACUAGCUACAACUGCACUGGAACAGGCGAAGAAGAGUGCGAGAGAAGGCGGGGGUGAGGAGCUGGGGACUAGUUCUGAGAAGUUGUCGUCUCAGUAUGUUCGUCUUCUUGGAGAGGAACAUGGGGCAUCUGCUACUCUUGAGGCAGAUUAUGAGGAAGGUGAGCUUAGGCCUGAGUCGCACACCUGUGUCUUGUGUGGUGGAAAGUUCAUGUCCAUGGAUUUGCUUGUCCGCCACAUGGAGAAGCACCGCAUCGCCUUUGAGCGUUCCUGUUCUGUGUGCCAGUCAGGCACAUUGACAGGUAACAUGCUUCUCCUGCAUAUGGAGGCCUCCCAUGGUCCCGAGACCAGCUUCCCACUACCCUCUGCUCCGACUGCUACUGCUAGUUCUACCAGUGCUGCUCCGGCUAUCUCUGCUGCUCCCUCCACACCAUCGGUCCCAGGGACUAUAGCUGAUUUUUCGCAGUCCUUUCCAGGAGCUCUUCAAGCUAAUUAUGCUUCCCAUGUUGUGCCUGACGGAGCUUCUGGCAUGAAGCUUCCCCAGUUGCCCCAGUCCCCAAAACAUGGAGACGACAAAGUGAUUAUUGAAGCUCAUGAAGGUGUCUCUAAUUUAGGUGUAAAAUCUGAGUCGGAGGAAAGUUAUGAUUACUCUGGUGCUUCUACAUCCAGGGUUGGAGAAGCUGAGGUGGAUCCUGAGUCUCUUCAGAUGUCGCAAGAUAAUUUCCUUGGUCUACCAUCCCAGUUCUACCCUCUGAUUGGCUGUCAAGUUUGUGGGGAGAAGUUUGCUCUGAGUGAGGCCCUUGACCGACAUGUUGAAAGUCAACACAAAGAUACCAUCUGCACAUAUGCCUGCAAGCCAUGUUGCCUCUCGUUUCACUCGCACAUGGAGUACAGUAAACACAUGACGCGGCACGAGACCUCCUCCACCAACCUCAAGUGCAGCCACUGCCUCAAGUCCUUCAAGUCUGUGAAACAGCUGCGGCUGCACUAUGUGGCGGCUCAUGCCUGCUGCCACUUCUGCGAGUACUGCCGUGCAGGUUUCCCAGAUGCCAUGUCGCUGCAGCUUCAUGAACAGCUUCACACACUGGACCCAGAGAAGCUGACAUUUCGUUGUGACAUCUGCAGCAAGGCGUUCUACACACAGUCUCAGUGCAGUGCCCACAAGCGCACUCACAAGGAUGAAAAGGCCCAUGCCUGUGACUUGUGUGGAAGUGCUUUCUUUAAGCGUGGAGAUCUGACAAAACAUGUUCGCACUGUUCAUUCACCUAGCCGCUUGUUUUCCUGUAAGUUUUGUGGUAAGAAAGGCACUCGUAUGGAUAAUAUGAGAAGUCAUGUAAGAUCACAUCAUAAAAAUAUGACACGUGACCAGAUCAUUAAUAUGAUCGAAGUAAUUGAAUAACUGCCUAUUUUUCUGUUUGAGAUAAACAUCAGUUUGGUGUUGGUAUAAGUAAUGAUGGAGAGGACAGUUCAUGAAUGUAGAUCUUCUACCAUUGAAAGUUGCUUGUAAGGGAUAACAUGUAAAAAGGGCACUAGUUCAUUUAGAUUGUGGGAUUCCCUUGUGGUCACUGUUGUCAUCACAGUACUCUUAAUCUUUGUCGUUUCAAAUCUUAGAUUUUAUUUUGAAUGUCUUGAAGACUGAAUUUUCACUACAAUGUUUCUGGUUUAUUUAGAGUCUGGACUAGUUCCCAAAUUGAAAAUUGUCACCUUCAAAGCUGUUUGGAGUGAAAUAAGUAUUUAGAUUGCCACAAAGAUCAAUUUGAUCAAUAGUUAUAUAGUUCCCACCUUCUCUUUAUCAUUUCACUGUACACAAAUAUAAUGAAAUGUAAAAAUGUCAGGUUGGACUUUGGAUGUUGCUAUUUUCUACUUUCAUGUUUGAUGAUGUCUUUCAAAUUUUGCUGAGUAUCCUAGAUUGUAUGUCAUAUUCUGUAUCUCACAGAUUUUUUUUCCCAUCCCUUAUUGCUGUAGACUCUUGCCAUCAGCGAGUGUAGAACAGUUUUUGAUUUUAAUGAUAAUACAUAGUGUGCUUUUGUAUUUAUCAUAACUAAACUUUUUGGCAGACUGAAGCCAUUAUUCAUUUGAUAAUGCUUGAAAUUGUCAGUGUAUUAUAUUAGUCGUAUGAUAGUAACAACAAAAAUUUGUUUUUACUAAUUAAGACACGAUAACAUUGCUUUCUCAGCAUUACAAUGCAGGUGGAGUUAAUAUUUAUGCUCCUUUUGAUCAUAGUAUAAGUCAGCUUUUUUUCUGUCUGAUGUGAUAAGUGAUGGUGCAGUAUUUUUCCUCCCAUAACUAAGCCCAAUCAUAUUUUUGCAUUUCAGCAUUUCAUAUAAGAAAGAGCAUAGUGAAUUGUAAAUACUUGUGACUCCUGAAAAUCAAAUGAUGUUUAGCCACAGUGUUGCUCUGUGAUCGAUACCUGUAGUUUUUUUUUUCUCCACUGUCUGUGAUUGUGAUUGGAGGAGGCCUCCGGGUGCUUUGGUUUGAUUGAUAAAGUUUUGAGCAUUGAUUGCUUCCAUCCUUUGGCUUGUGGUAUCCGUGACAAUUUAACAGCACAUUUAUUUACAAGUCCAGUGCUGCACUUGAGGAGGUUGCAAUAAUGUUGGUGCAAUGUAUGUGUCCUUCUUUUCAUUUGUGGAAUGAGCCAUGAUCAAAUUGUAAGUCAUUGACAUCCUGUUUGUAAAUUUUGAGUGAUAACAAACUUAAGAUAAAACUCCUAUAUAUGUUGAUGUUUCUUCUGUGACAUGUUUCAGAGGUGGCUGAUAAAGUCACAUGGUUAUUGUUUACACCUAUUUAGUUCACAUGUUCUCUUUAGCCUUUCUUUUAUUUUGAAUUCAUGUGAUUUGUAUUCUGAUUAGUAGCUUGACAAAAAAUUCAUCUGAUGUGCCACAAAAAGAAAACAAAAUUUUGUUUUAAGAAGUGUUUUUACCACCUGAAAGGCUUUCGGUUCAAUGGUCUCUCUGGAUUUGGGUAGGUAAAGUAGUGUCUGUAAAGGAGUGGGUUGAAAAGAUGCUUCUGUUAUUUGUUUUUGUGAUUGAUGACUUGAUUAUUUCGAACACUUUUGGACAAAUCAAGACCUCCAACUUCUUUAUAGAAACUUGUUUGAAACAAAUGGUAAAGGUACCUUAUUUGAGGGAAAGUUGCUUUAAAAUGCGGGUGGGCAAUGUUUUUAAAAAAAAUGAGACUGCAUUUCUGGUUUUUAUUUUCUCUUUAAAACAAGGGCAUUUUUUAAAAAUAAUCGUUUCAUAGCUUGAGCUUGAGUUCUAAAAAAAAGCUAUGAUACAGCUAUGAGAGCGAAAUUUGUAUGUGGUGCCAGUGGUUGCAUUCAGGAAUGAGCAUGAUAACUUUGCAUCAUUGGAAAAUGUUUUUACUUUUAUGUGUAGCAUAGGUAAAGUCUCUUCCCUUUGCGUGUGCAGAGUUUUUUAAAUUUGAAAAUUAAGAAUGGGUAUGAUUAAGUAAAUGCAAAUAAAUCAUGUAUAUAAUCUAGAGAUGGAAAAGGACGACAUUAUAUAAUUAGAAUGCACUUUUAUCAUUUAAGCAUCAAUGUCUCUCAAAUCACUAGUAUUCCAUUGACUGCGAGGGAAAUGUUAACGUUUGUCUUCAUUUUGAAAAGUAAGCCAAGCCUGCAGAGCUGGCUUUCAAUUUGAUAGUUUGCAAUUGUCUGACUGAUUCAAAAUAAGCUUUGCCCAUUGAUCAACAUUUUUAUUGAUCCACAUGUGUAAAGCUUAUGAACUUCCCAGAAACAUCUUUGCGUGUCCCUUUAUGAUAAUUAUGUACACAGGUUUUGACUUAUUUUUCACAACCCCAUUGAUGAUACACUUCAGCUUUUGUAGAGGUGAUACAGCAGUAGCUUUUGUCAAUUAGACUUUGGUGAGAAGGAUUUUUAUGUCGAAUCAUGUUUAAGAAAUUGUGCAAAAAGUCUCUGUAUUUGGCAGUAAAUGUAGCUUUUGUCAAAUUUGUGUGCAGUGCAGAGACCAUCAGGUUCAAAUCACUUUACUUUGCAAGAUCAUCUUGAAAAUACAGUGGUGUCAACAGCGACCAAGAUGGUAACCACCACCUAACAGCAACCUAAAUUUGUAUAAUGGAAUUUUCCUAAAAAUAAUUCCUUUUAAGAGCAACCUUGGCUGCUAUAAAUUGCCUGACAAUUUUUUUUUUAUACACCUCAAAAAAA